AUGCUCAAUGAUAACCACUUCCACACACCUAAACAGUGUACGAAAUGCAACUUCAAGAACAACCAAUGCAAGAACCAACAAACACAGACAAAACGUCAUUUUGAACUCUGGAAACGACAUAUCCAAGAUGUGACAGACGUGCAAGAGAAAGCAAACGGUAAAGAAAACGAGAAGAAAGGGGAGUGGCUCAAACACAAUAUAAUAGAAACGAAUUUCACUAUAGACGUAUGGGACGAAGAUAUACGCCCUCGGCCCCCUCGCACCUUGCCAUUAUACAGACGUACAAAUCGCAUAACGCCUCCUUACCUACAAUCAUUACUUCGUCAAUUUCAUUUGCCACUUCAUAGACCGGUAUCUCCGCUGCCGUCCAAGCCACGUUGUCGUCGUAUAGAUGUAAUUAUAAUCAAGACAUCAAACGAUUAUAGAAAAUUGGCAGUGUGUACACAGAACAUACAACCGCCUAUAAUCAAGACAUUGACUUGGAAUCCGAGUACGUUAGAUUAUCGAACUACUUCGUCACUGCCCAAAAAAAGCUUUAGAUUGAGAGUAAAACAUUGGUGUCCCGUUUGCAGUGGAUCGGUGUGUGAAGCGUAUCGGAACCCUUUCACAGGAAAGAGAGUAAGAGAGAAUAUUAGUCAGAACAGGAAUGAUAACAAGCACAGCAAUUGCGUUGAGAAUAAAUGCAACCGUCACAAUGGGAAUGACAAAGUGAAAACUCAUAUCAGAGGAUCAACGCAAUCCAAUGAUGAAUGUGAGAACGAGAUUGAAUGUUACUGUUGCUCAAAAUGUUACAGAAAACACUGGUCACCGGACAAUAAAGAGCUGAUGGAACAAUUGAAGAGACACUUUGAAAUGUUAGGCAGAAGCAGAGGCGGAAAGUGUGAAAAUGGCGGGAAAGAAUGGUAA